AUGAACUUCUUCCAAGGGAAAGGUCAUGAAGAAGUUCAAUCCAGUCCUGUGGUUCCUCAUAAUGACCCUACUCUCCUAUUCGCCAAUGCUGCAUAUUAUGUUGUCGGAGUUGUUGUGUUGUUACUAGCUGUUGUUUCUUGUAUUUGCGGUAUGAAUCAGUUCAAGCCUAUUUUCUUGGGAGUUGUAGACCCUAAUAGUCCAUUGAGCAAACUUAAGCGUGCCUGUGAUACUCAGAAGUGUAUUCGUGCUGGUGGCAAGCACAAUGAUCUUGAUGAUGUUGGUAAGGACACUUACCACCACACUUUCUUUGAGAUGCUUGGUAAUUGGUCCUUUGGGGAUUAUUUCAAGAAAGAGGCCAUUGGAUGGGCCUGGGAACUCCUCACACAGGUUUAUAGACUGCCAAGUGAAAGGAUUUACGCAACUUAUUUUGGCGGUGAUGAAAAAUCUGGCCUUCCAGCGGAUAAUGAAGCUAGAGACCUAUUGCUUAAGUUCCUUCCCCCUAGCAGGGUGCUACCUUUCGGCUGCAAAGACAACUUUUGGGAGAUGGGUGAUACCGGACCUUGUGGACCCUGCACCGAAAUACACUUUGAUAGAAUUGGGAAUCGCGAUGCUGCAUCAUUUGUUAAUAAUGAUGAUCCCACUGUGAUUGAGAUAUGGAACCUUGUCUUUAUUCAGUUUAACAGGGAAGCUGAUGGUUCUUUGAAACCCCUUCCUGCUAAGCAUGUUGAUACUGGAAUGGGUUUUGAAAGA